CGGCGCCAUGCGCAGACUCAGUUCCUGGAGAAAGAUGGCGACAGCCGAGAAGCAGAAACACGACGGACGGGUGAAGAUCGGUCACUACAUCCUGGGGGAUACGCUGGGGGUCGGGACCUUCGGCAAAGUGAAGGGGAUGGAAGAGGAGAGCCCUUUCUUCUCUUGCUCUUCCUGAGUCAUAGAACUGGAAAAUUGCUGUAUAGCCCACAGGGAAGCAACUGCCUAAACCUUCUUAAGAAAAUCAGCAAGGCCAACAAUGUAAGAAAGUAAGAAGCAAAUGCCAGAAUAGGUUGGCAAACAUGAAUUGACUGGGCAUAAAGUUGCUGUGAAGAUACUGAAUCGGCAGAAGAUUCGAAGCCUUGAUGUAGUAGGAAAAAUCCGCAGAGAAAUUCAGAACCUCAAGCUUUUCAGGCAUCCUCAUAUAAUUAAACUGUACCAGGUCAUCAGUACACCAUCUGAUAUUUUCAUGGUGAUGGAAUAUGUCUCAGGAGGAGAGCUAUUUGAUUAUAUCUGUAAAAAUGGAAGGCUGGAUGAAAAAGAAAGUCGACGACUGUUCCAACAAAUCCUUUCUGGUGUGGAUUACUGUCACAGGCAUAUGGUGGUCCACAGAGAUUUGAAACCUGAAAACGUCCUGCUUGAUGCACACAUGAAUGCAAAGAUAGCUGAUUUUGGUCUUUCAAACAUGAUGUCAGAUGGUGAAUUUUUAAGAACAAGUUGUGGCUCACCCAACUAUGCUGCACCAGAAGUAAUUUCAGGAAGAUUGUAUGCUGGUCCAGAGGUAGAUAUAUGGAGCAGUGGGGUUAUUCUGUAUGCUUUAUUAUGUGGAACCCUUCCGUUUGAUGAUGAUCACGUGCCAACUCUUUUUAAGAAGAUAUGUGAUGGGAUCUUUUAUACCCCUCAAUAUUUAAAUCCUUCUGUGAUUAGCCUUUUGAAACAUAUGCUGCAGGUGGAUCCCAUGAAGAGAGCCACAAUCAAAGAUAUCAGGGAACAUGAAUGGUUUAAACAGGACCUUCCAAAAUAUCUCUUUCCUGAGGAUCCAUCAUAUAGCUCAACCAUGAUUGAUGAUGAAGCCUUAAAAGAAGUAUGUGAAAAAUUUGAAUGCUCAGAGGAGGAGGUUCUCAGCUGCCUUUAUAACAGAAAUCACCAGGACCCUUUGGCAGUUGCCUACCACCUUAUAAUAGAUAACAGGAGGAUAAUGAACGAGGCCAAAGAUUUUUACUUGGCAACAAGCCCACCAGAUUCAUUUCUCGACGAUCACCACUUGACCCGGCCCCAUCCUGAAAGAGUACCAUUCUUGGUUGCUGAAACUCCCAGGGCGCGCCAUACCCUCGAUGAAUUAAAUCCACAGAAAUCCAAACACCAAGGUGUAAGGAAAGCAAAAUGGCAUUUGGGAAUUAGAAGUCAAAGUCGGCCAAAUGAUAUCAUGGCAGAAGUUUGUAGAGCAAUUAAACAACUGGAUUAUGAAUGGAAGGUUGUAAACCCGUAUUAUUUGCGUGUUCGGAGGAAGAAUCCUGUGACAAGUACAUACUCCAAAAUGAGUCUGCAGUUAUACCAAGUGGAUAGUAGAACGUAUUUAUUGGAUUUCCGAAGUAUUGAUGAUGAAAUUACUGAAGCCAAAUCAGGGACUGCUACGCCACAGAGAUCGGGCUCAGUUAGCAACUAUCGAGCUUGCCAAAGGAAUGAUUCAGAUGCUGAGGCUCAAGGAAAAUCCUCAGAAGCUUCUCUUACCUCAUCUGUAACCUCACUUGACUCUUCUCCUGUUGAAUUAACUCCAAGACCUGGAAGUCACACAAUAGAAUUUUUUGAGAUGUGCGCGAAUCUAAUUAAAAUUCUUGCACAGUAAACCUAAAACUUUGCUUAUUUCUUUGAUAGCAAUAAGCAUGCAUAAUAAAUCAUAGCCAAAUGCUUCCAUGUAUAAUCAAGUUAUACGUAAUUAUAACUGAGGGUUGGCCUUUUGGAAUGCAGUUUGCACAGAGGUUGAAACAUGAUUAAUAGUUAAAAGCAUAAUGUGCAAAAAUGAAUUAAGACAAUUUUGUUCAUUGUUCAGUAGGCAUAUAGAAUAAUAUACUAUGCGCAAUGAAUUAUAGGUCUCUCAGGCUCACUUGAUUUUUUUGGCUAUUUUAUAUUUAGUGUAUACAGGGCUUUGUAGAAUAUUAAUUUACCAUAAAGGCCUUCAUAUGUUAAUUACAUGUUGAUGUGUUAUAUAUUUGCUUCAAAGAUUUAUUCAAUAAAUAUUUGCCUAGAGACUUCCCUGGCAGUCCAGUGGUUAAGACUCUGUGCUUCCAACAUAGGGAGGUGCAGGUUCGAUCCCUGGUGGGGGAACUCAGAUCCCUCAUGCCGUGUGGUACGGCCAAAAAGGGAAUAAAGAAAUAAAUAUUUGACUAGAAUCCCCAGAGACUUGUAGAGGUGAUUUUGUUUUCUGGGCUCCUUAAUUUAGCAAGUAUUUUCAACAUUAGGGACAGCCUGGAUGAUUCUUCCAUAUCCUCUCCUUAAUAUUCUAUAGUAUAUGGUAAGUCACAUUAAAGAUACCUGACACAGUUAAAUUUUUUUCUUUUAGUUUGGUAAGUGCAAAAACAUACAGAACUUAUAUAUUCAGAUACUCCAGGCACUAAUUUUAAUUCUGCAAUUUGCCCCACUAUAUUCUGUAUAUAAAUUGCUCUUUUUGUCACAAGAGCUGCAUUGCAUAUACUGUAAAUAAAUCAUUGGUUGGUUUGACAUUUGACAGAGUCCUCCUAAUCAUGUCGGUCAGUAUUAAAUGUAUGCAGGAAUGUCUGGUCAUUCAAUCAUGUACCUUUUAAAUUGAUUCAGUGCAUAGGACAUGUCUUACAAACUAUUAACUGCUUAAACAGGAUUUUUUUCUCCUAAAUUUCAAUAUGGCCAUUUUUUAGAAGAAAAAUUGAAAGGCUGUAAGAUGAUCACGUGUGUUAUCUACCACUUAGAUUCAAUACUUGUUAACAUUUUGCCAUAUUUAUCUAUAUAUCUGUAUGUAGAUACAGUUAUAUAUAUAUGUGUGUAUAUGUAUGUGUGUAUAUAUGCUUUUUUCCCCUGAACAAUUUGGACAUUGCAGAUAGACUCAUCACUCCUCAAAACUUAAAGCAUCUCCUAAAAAAUAAUGACAUUCUCCUAAAAAACCAUAAUACUAUUCUCUAAUGCCAUCUAAUCAUGCAUAUUUAGAUUUCCCUUAUUGUCAUACAAAUUUAUUUCAAACCAGGCUCCAACUAAAGUUUACACAUUGCAUUUGGUUGUCUCUUAGCUAUCACCUUAUUGUUUUGAUAAAAUAUGGAACAAAUCAGUUCUAACUAGUCACAUUUGCUUUGGAUUUUCAUUACUUAAAGUAGCAUUAUGGGAACUUCCCAAAGUUGCUUAAUCCUCCUAAGAACUCAGAUUUAUAAUUUCUUUUUCUUGCUCUUAGUGUAAUGCAUUACAUACUAGGUGUAAGAAAAAAUUUAGCCACCUCAGAUAAAAUUUGUGUCAUGUGUAUGCUAAUAAAAAAAUACUGUGUCAUUCAUAAUUGCCUUAUAUUUUAACUUGAAAGUUUUUUUGGUAUUCUCUUUCCAUUGCAACAGAACUCUUCCCCCCCACCCCCCACCCCCCUUUUAAGACUCUUGGUAUUAUAGUAUUGUUUUUGGCACCUAUGUAACUUGAUAAUAAUGCUCUCAAAUGUCAUGAUAGCUUGUAUAGUUGUAGAUGUAGCUCCAGCAUCCCUAGAAACAUGCACUGAAUUCAGGAGAAAACCUUGCUUCCUUCUGUCCAGGGCUUAUUCUAUUCAACUUAGAAUCGGAAAGCUGUAUAAAAUUAUAGGAGUUCCAUUUAAAUAUAAGUUCAAACUGUAUUUAUAACUUGUAUGUGGCCCUCUGUUUUGGAGAUACUGACUUCACGUAGGCUCUCUUAAGUGCAGCAUUAUAUUCCUAAUGUUAAGAACAGAAGACUGUAUUUUUAAAGCUACCGAUUUGUAUAUAGAGCUAAGACGUAAUGUCUCUGACCUGUUGUGGGGAGUGGGGAACAAAAAGAGGAACCAAUUAAAUAGGACCUUCUAAAAAUUGUUAAUUUUGUAAACGGCUUCUUUUUAAGUUAUUGUGAUUUAAGUUACUGAGUUUUAUUUUGGAUACUUAAAUAUUGCACUUGUACAAAUAACAUGAUAAAUACACAGACUAUUGCAAGUAGGUUCUUUUUAAGCUGGGAUAUUUGAAAUGACAACUUUUGGUUGAGAAUGUCAAGGUUUCAUCACAGUUUCCACAAAUUUACUGUUGUUUGCAAAUUCAUACUAAUUGAAGAUGUAAGAGAGUCAAUGCAAAUGAUUUUUAAUCUUUUUUUAUUAUCUUUUCAGCAAUUUAUAUUUUUUGUGAUUUUAUGCAACCACAUUUUUACUUUGUCUUGACAACUGAAAGAUGUAAGGCUUUUGCCAGAAAUGUACUGUACACAGUUUUAAAUAACAGAUUUUACUGAUAUGUAAAAUUUUUGCCAUUAAAAUAAAUGAUUUCUCACUGAGAGGAACUUUUCUACCAGGUUGGGGGACUGGGGAGCUUAAUAUAUCUAAUUUAAGGUAAUGUCACUGAAAUAAACUCGGUUGCUUUUACUUUGA